AUGCGGAGAAACAAGCCCACCAUUCCCCCAAAUUUUUUAUCUCUAUGCUUCGAAAUCAAAAGAGAAUCGGCGGCGGGGGCGUUCCAUCGCUGGAACUCGGCGGAGCAUCAGACGGAUUCCUCCUUCAAGUCAGACGUGCUCCUGGGAAAAGACUGGGAAAACCAGGAAUAUUUCAGCCCACAGGAAAAUUCCCAUCGCCGUGUCUCAGCAUCUCACUGCCUCACUUUAUUCGUCGUCUUGUCCGCAAAAAAGUCAGAGACCCUUAUCACAUCUGCCUUUCUUUUGCGCUAUUUAAGCACCUUAGCUAAUAAACCCAAUCCAUUUUCGCAGUCUUCUUCUGGUUCAAUGGCUUCGGAUUACUCUUCUACGCCGGUUAAGGUUGAUUCGAUCAAUCCCAAGGUUUUGGAGUGUGAAUAUGCUGUCCGAGGAGAAAUUGUGAUCCUUGCUCAGAAAUUGCAAGAAGAAUUGAAGAACAACUCGGGUUCCCAUCCCUUUGAUGAGAUACUAUACUGCAAUAUCGGGAAUCCUCAAUCCCUUGACCAGAAGCCAAUCACAUUUUUCAGGGAGGUUCUUGCUUUAUGUGAUCAUCCUGCUAUUUUGGAUAAAUCUGAAACACAGGGUUUAUUUAGUGCUGACUCCAUCAAACGAGCAUUACAAAUCCUGAAGCAAAUUCCUGGAAGAGCCACUGGUGCUUAUAGUCACAGCCAGGGUAUCAAGGGACUACGCGAUGCAAUUUGUGCUGGCAUUGAAGUCCGUGAUGGAUUCCCUUCUGAUCCGAACGAUAUUUUCUUGACAGAUGGUGCAAGCCCUGCGGUUCAUAUGAUGAUUCAGCUACUGAUACGAUCGAAGAAUGAUGGCAUUCUGUGCCCUAUUCCACAAUAUCCACUCUAUUCUGCUUCAAUUGCUCUACAUGGUGGCACUCUUGUUCCUUAUUUUCUUGAUGAAGCUACUGGAUGGGGACUUGAGAUCUCCGAACUUAAAAAACAGUUAGAAAGUGCCAAAUCAAAUGGUGUUAAUGUCAGGGCCUUGGUUGUUAUAAAUCCUGGCAACCCCACAGGGCAGGUUCUGGCUGAGGACAACCAAAAGCAAAUUGUGGACUUCUGCAAGAAAGAAGGGCUUGUUCUUUUGGCAGACGAGGUGUACCAAGAAAAUAUUUAUGUGCCUGACAAGAAGUUCCACUCCUUUAAGAAAAUUGCUCGGUCAAUGGGUUAUGGGGAGAAAGAUAUUUCCUUGGUUUCUUUCCAGUCUGUGUCCAAAGGUUAUUACGGAGAAUGUGGAAAAAGAGGAGGCUACAUGGAAAUUACCGGUUUUAGUCCCGAAAUAAGGGAUCAGAUAUAUAAAGUCGCGUCAGUGAACCUUUGUUCUAACAUUUCUGGUCAGAUUCUUGCAAGCCUUGUCAUGAACCCCCCAAAGGUGGGAGAUGAAUCGUACGAGUCUUAUUCUGCAGAGAAAGAUGCAAUCUUAUCCUCCCUAGCAAGGCGUGCCAAGAGUCUUGAGGAGGCAUUGAAUGGUCUAGAAGGAGUGACCUGUAACCGGGCUGAAGGUGCAAUGUAUCUGUUUCCUCGUAUUCGAUUGCCUAAUAAAGCAAUUGAGGCUGCAAAAGCUGUUAACACAGCCCCAGAUGCAUUCUAUGCCCGUCGUCUCCUUAAUGCAACUGGAAUUGUAGUUGUUCCCGGUUCUGGAUUUGGACAGGUCCCUGGGACGUGGCAUUUUAGGUGCACGAUAUUGCCUCAGGAGGAUAGAAUUCCGGCCAUUGUUUCUCGUCUAACUGAAUUUCACAAAGGAUUCAUGGAUGAAUUCCGCGACUGAUGGCCUUGCCAGAAAAAAUGCCAUGUUUUGAAUGAACUUUUGAGUUGGUUUAUGUAUGUAACUUGAACAUCUCAUCCUUUUCGAGUUUCAUAUGGGCGAAUAAAUCUGUUUUUAAUUUCAUCCGUGCUGAGAAAUCUGUCUUUUUUGUAAAAGUACAAUUUGUUGGAAGAAUUUAAAGUUUCAACUGGGCAAAUAAAUCUAUUUUUAGUUUCAUCUGGGCUGAGAAAUCUGUUUUUGUGAUUGUGAUUGUUCAUAUUGUUGGGAGAAUUUGAAUGUUGCUUCAUGAGAAACUGGAAAAAGGGAUUUUGCACCAAAUUCAUGCCCCUAAAAGCUUGCUUGGACAUAGAUUUAUUGAGUUUUGAUUGAAUUUUUUAGUUAACUAGAGUUAAUUU